AUGUUAAAGAGGCUGAUAGUGCCAUUGCUGCUUCAAUUAGUGGGAGUUUUUGUGUUUUUAUCAGGCUUCUUUCCUCAAAAGAACGUUCUAAGUGGUGAUGCAAGUUUCACAAUUGAAACCAAGAUACAGGAAAAUACAAAACCGCCAUUUGAUAAAUUAGUGCUGGUAGUUAUUGAUGCUCUUAGAAGUGAUUUUUUAUACAACGAGGUGAAUUCCGGGUUUUCUUUUGUUCAUUCCAAGAUUAACUCUGGUGAGGGAUGGGGCUACACGGCUUAUUCAAAUCCCCCUACAGUCACAUUACCUAGGUUGAAAGGUAUAACUACUGGGUCUACUCCAAGCUUUCUAGACGCAAUCUUAAACGUUGCAGAAGAUGAUUCGUCUUCUAAUAUUAAAGAUCAAGAUUCAUGGCCAAGACAAUUCCAUAAUCACGGUUUCAAGUUGAGAUUCUUUGGCGAUGAUACGUGGCUGAAAUUACUUCCAAAUGAUAUUUUUGAUAAAUAUGAAGGUACAAAUUCUUUCUUUGUAAGUGAUUUUGAACAAGUAGAUUUGAAUGUGACUAGGAAUAUUCCGGAGCAGUUAAAUGAAUCCAAAGAAUGGGAUGUUCUUAUAUUACAUUACCUAGGGUUGGAUCAUAUUGGACACAAAGGUGGUUCUAAUUCUACCUUUAUGCCUGCCAAGCAUAGAGAAAUGGAUGGUGUUAUUGAGAGACUUUACAAUAAUAUGAAAGAUGAUACUUUAAUGAUAAUUAUGGGUGAUCAUGGUAUGAACGAUGUUGGUAAUCAUGGUGGCUCUUCUGCAGGAGAAACUUCUGCAGGUCUCGUUUUUCUUUCGAAGAAACUAGCUGGUUAUGAUAGGCCUAUAGCUCAGAAAAAUGUUAAAGUUCCAAUGACAUUGGACGAUCCAUCAACUUUCCAAUAUCUCACUAGUAUUCAGCAGAUGGAUUUAGUACCCACGAUUUCUUCUCUUUUCAAUGUCCCGAUACCUAAAAAUAGUGUUGGGGUGCUUAUUCCCGAAUUUAUUCAAUUAUUGAAUAAGAAAGUAGCAAACAUUAAAAUUAUGGAAAACUAUAAACAGUUAUUAGAUGUGGCUAAAGAAAUAGAUGUACAGAAUUAUCUUAGUGAGUUCAAAGUUUCAAAGAAAAUAGAUACAAGCAUUAUUAUAAACAAAAUGAAGGGUAUUCAACAAGAUUUGAUCCGUAAUGCUACUGAUUAUAAUUAUGAUAAUAUAUCUGUUGGAUAUGGGGUGCUAUUGAUUGCGACAAUUAUUGCUAUUAUUUGUGCUAUUAAAAUUAUGCAUUUCGGUCCUCCAUUCGCAUUAACUAUGGCGAUUUCGAUUUUGCUGGGGCUUUCAUGUUUUGGUAGCAGUUUUAUUGAAGAGGAACAUCAAUUAUGGUGGUGGAUCAUUACAGCACUCGUGGUAUUUGGAUAUAUUCAUUCUACCAUCAUAGGAAAUAGGAAAUUUAAAUUAUAUUUUAUUGUUUUUGUUUGUUUGAGAUUAAUCAGAGGUUGGAAUAAUACCGGUCAACAAACUACUUAUAGUUAUGUUAUCUCAAACAUUUUAGAGGCCAAGUCGUCGCUUUUAUGGGCAUUGAAUAUAUGGACUGUAUUUAUCCUAUGUAUGAGAGGCUUCAAAAAAAAUCCUACAUCCUUCAUUUCUAGUUUUACCCUUGGCAUGAUGGUUCUUACCUACAAGAUGAACUGGUCCAUUGUUAACAAAGAGUCAGUUCCUGAGUACCUACAUGAAAUAGUCAGAAAGUACUGUGAAAUUUACACAGGUACUCAUAAUGAUAGUGUGUUUGAAGAUGCAUUGAUUCCAAUGGCCACGUUGUUUUUCCAAUCGAUUUCAUCGAUAUGUUUCAUUAAGAUAAUGGCAGUCAUGUUAAAGAUGCAAAAAUCAGACACCCUUUUAAACGACAUGUCUAAAUAUAUUACACUAUUACUGAUUUUCUUGUCAUCAUCUUCAAAUAUCCCACAAUUUUUGAUAUUCGAGAUAUUGAGAUAUUGUAUCAUUAAGAUUGUCCAAGACCAAUAUGAUUCCUCAAUAUAUAUAGUGUCCCUCAUUUCAUUGAUCCUUCAAAAUUUUACGUUUUUCCAAUUUGGUGGUACCAAUUCAAUAGCUACUAUUGACCUUGUCAAUGCAUACCAUGGUAUAUCCGAAAAUUAUAAUAUAUAUGUAAUUGGCGGUCUUAUGGUGAUGGCCAAUUUUGCACCAGCAAUUUAUUGGACAAUGUUAGCUUGGGGUAUACUUUAUAAGAGUGUCAAGAGUAAAACUGAUACAUUUGUUAAAUGCAAGAUUCCAUACGUCUUAUUCAAUUGUAUAGUGGGAUGUUCGUUACUUGCUGCAUGUAUAGCAUUAAGAUACCAUCUGUUCAUAUGGAGUGUAUUCAGUCCAAAGCUUUGUUACUAUGCUGGUUGGACAUUAUUUAUGAAUGUCAUUGUCGGAUGCCUCUUAGAAGGCUUCCUCGUGUCAUUAGUAUAG